AGCCUCCUGUUUUUUUGACAGGUGAGAUGAGUAGAGUUCACGAAAACCUAUCACAGUUCAUGGGCAAUAAGGAUAGCUUUCGGCUGUCCUUUUUAUUUUUUAAACAUGAAGACAAGCAGACCCUUUGAAUGAUCUAAUCUAGAAUGUCGAAUCUGAAGAGGAGAGUAGGCGUAGCUGCUUGCUAGCCAGCCAUCGACCCAAGCAAGGUAGCCAUUGUUUGGUUUGCUAAAGUGGUUAGCUAGCUAGCUAGUCGCAAUCUAUUUAAUCGAGUUAGGUUAAAGAACUUGCUAGCUAGCUAAAUAAUUAAUGCAUUUAGUUUGCUAAUACUGUCUUUCAUUUGUGUUAUUGUUUUAUGUCCAGCUAGCUAAAAGACGGAGUGUUUGUAGUCUUGGGACGCCAGCCAGUUGUUCAUCGCCGGUGUACUCUUGCCAGCUAGUCUUGGGAUGCUGUUACGGUGAGUUCAAAACGCUAGGGUUUCUGUUGAGACGGAGAGAGAAAAGCUAUCUGUCUGGUCAUGUAUUAACUAACUAAGUAACGUUCGCUAACUAGCUAGCGUUGAAGUUAACAUCCUUUGUCAAGUAUUUGGCAAGUGGUGCCACCAUCCUGUGUAGCAAGUAAGCCGCUGAUAAAGGAAAGAUCAAGACCCUUUGUUUUCACGAUUGACACACAUUUGCAGCAACUAACUGUUCAAAUGGUAUAAUGUAGCCCUAAACAUUGGGAAUACAGUAAACUUGGUCUUUACAGUGUUGGUGUGAAAGGGAUCUUCUCAGCUGAAACGACAACAAAUACACAAAUCCCAUCUCUCUAGUAGUACACUUCACCGAUUCCCAACCUCACCCCAUCUCUAGUCGUUUGAGUAUCAAUCAGCCCACAACUUUACAUUUUAAAAUGAAAUAUUACUGCAGUCACAUAAAAUACGGGUUAACUGUCAAGGGGCCUACUAUCCCCAAUGCCUGCAUGGAGCGGUCUGUGUUUGACACCAUACACUCCUCCCAAUGGCUUAAUGUUCAAUUCUCGGGCGACUCUAUUCUCUGUGUAUGUCAAUGAUGUUGCUCUUGCUGCUGGUGAAGCUCGGAUCCACCUCUAUGCGGACGACACCAUUUUGUAUACAUCUGGCCCUUCAUUGGACAAUGUGUUAACAAACCUCCAAACAAGCUUCAACGCCAUACAACACUCCUUCCGUAGCCUCCAACUGCUCUUAAACACUAGUAAAACUAAAUGCAUUCUCUUCAACCGAACGCUGCUUGCACCCGCCCACCUGACUAGAAUCACUACUCUCGGCGGGUCUGACCUAGAGUAUGUGGACAACUACAAAUACCUAGGUGUCUGGUUAGACUGUAAACUCUCCUUCCAGACUCACAUUAAGCAUCUCCAAUCAAAAGUUAGAUCUAGAAUCGGCUUCCUAUUUCGCAACAAAGCCUCCUUCACUCAUGCUGCCAAACAUGCCCUCGUAAAACUGACUAUCCUACCGAUCCUUGACUUCGGCGAUGUCAUUUACAAAAUAGCCUCCAACACUCUACUCAGCAAAUUGGAUGUAGUCUAUCACAGUGCCAUCCGUUUUGUCACCAAAGCCCCAUAUACUACCCACCAUUGUGACCUGUACGCUCUUGUUGGCUGGUCCUCACUACAUAUUCGUCGCCAAACCCACUGGCUCCAGGUCAUCUAUAAAUCACUGCUAGGCAAAUCCCUGUCUUAACUUAGCUCAUUGGUCACCAUAGCAACACCUACCCGUAGUCUGCGCUCCAGCAGGUGUAUCUCACUGGUCAUCCCCAAAGCCAACACCUCCUUUGGCCGCCAUUCCUUCCAGUUCUCUGCUGCCAAUGACUGGAACAAACUGCAAAAAUCUCUGAAGCUGGAGACUCUUAUCUCCCUCACUCACUUUAAGCAUCAGUUGUCAGAGCUGCUUACAGAUCACUGCACCUGUACACAGCCCUUCUGAAAUUAGCCCACCCAACUACCUCAUCCCCAUAUUGUUAUUUAUUUAGCUUACGUGGUUAAAUAAAGGUUAAAUAAAUAAAAAUAAAUGUAGGCUAACAGCUGAUCAGCUAGCUAGACUAUAGUGCAGCCAAGAGCUGUGGCCUGCGCCUUGCUCUCUGCUGAAUGUUUCAUGCAGGUGCUUAUAAAGACUUACACUUCUCUUUUCAAUUGUACUGUACUUUCUUGAUCUAAAACUAUUGCUCUCUCAUAUAGGCCUAUUUAAGGUGACAGAGUUGGUGACAUUUCAAUGUGUGUCUUUGUCUGAGAAUAUUUUAGCACGCAUUUCUUCCUGAAUGACAUAAUGGAAUGCUCUGCAUUCUGCUCACUGGUGGGGGUAUUUUUGGUAUUUUGGUAUUUUAUUAGGAUCCUCUUUAGCUGUUGCAAAAAGCAGCAGCUACUCAUCCUGGGGUCCACACAAAACAUGAAACAUUAACAUUAAUAGACAAGAACAGCUCAAGGACAGAACUACAUACAUACAGGCCUCCUUGCACAAUGUAGGACCUAUAUUUUUCAUGUUGAUUGUUUGUUGUCAGGGAAGUACAGGUCUCCUUACCUACCAGGUGCAUACAGACAUGUCAACCACCCCUCCUUUCCAACUCCCCUCAGAAUCACUGUUUUUUUUUGUCAACUGUUAUGCCUCAUGGUGUCGGUGUAUGAGGAACAAAAAGGGAUGACCUUAGACUUAGAAGAAAGGGCAAGAUACUGAGACCUCUCUCUCCACAGCUUGGGGCUUCCUGCAUGAUGUGUUACCGUGGUGACAACGGAGAACACCCACACCCAUCCCCCUCUCCCUUCUCCUGGGCCCACGCCCCCCUCCCCCUAAAGCAGUCCUGACCUCACCAAGAUGGACAGGAAGGAGCCGCCUAUCUAUAACGACGACAGUGUGGGGACCUUUCAGUACAAGUUGCCGUUCUACGAGACCAUGGAGCUGUUCAUCGAAACUUUGACGGGGACCUGUUUCGAGCUGCGCGUCUCGCCCAUCGAGACAGUCAUCUCUGUCAAGGCCAAGAUCCAGAGGCUGGAAGGUACGGUACAUAACAGUACAGUAGUCACUUUUACUGACCCAGCAUGUAGGCUAUACGGCUAUACUGUUUCCCCUUCCGUUACUUAAGCAGGAUCGGCUCCCUCCCAGUCUAACACUGUCUGGCGAAAUGCGACCUGAAAAAUGGCCUAUUGAAAAAUGAUCUAUGAAUAUUCAAAAGCUCAGACUCAAUACAAUACUAAUCCUGGCUGCCUGGAAUAAGAAACUAUAAAGACGCAUGUUGAUAAUCACCUUCUUCUUGCACAGAAGAUGAGCCAAGCAAUACGAAAUACAUUUCUAAGCCAAGAAGAGGGAUGGAUACAAAUGUAUUCGAAUGCAAAGAAUGGCUUUCUGUUUUAGUAGAAACAUUUAUAUCCUCACAGCUUCAGACUCACUAUAUCACCCCGCUGCUCUGCCAAGCAGACAAAGGCUCUGGUUAGUUGGCUUCCCACACACACAUUAAACCCUGCCUUAUUUAAUACAACCACUUUACUUUUAUCAUUUAUUUGGCCUCAUCCUCCAUCCGUCUUCCUUGAGAGCUCGAUAGAGCACUGCACGUUUGGGAUAUAAAAAGCCCCAAACGGCCUCAUCAAUCCAGCCACGGCUGAGCUGAGCUGGGCCUGGUGAGGUGGGAGGCUCUGGGAGACAGUGUGUUUAGUAGUGAUGAAGUACAGCUGGGUGGAUGGAGGCGUUCGGGAGAGGAACAUCGGUUGCGUCCCAAAUGGCAUCCUAUUCCCUAUAUAGUACACUACUUUUGACCAGGGCCCAUAGGGGAAUAGGAUAUAUAGGGAAUAGGGUGCCAUUUGGUACGCAGAUUGUGUGUAGAUUGAUGCCGGUUGUAAAAAAUAGGCGUUUAUGAUGCAGCUAUGCAUGUUCUUCAUCAGGUGGUACGACAGCCUAUCGGAAACUGUACGACAGUACGACAGCCUAUCGGAAGAGGCAGAGGGGAGUCGAUCUGUUCUGAACGGUUGUCACUUGGUUGUCAGUGGUGUGGUAAAUGGUACCAGUAACUGAAUCUGUGGAAAUUGAUUCACCUCACAAAUCAUGUUCUUAUUAAAUUAUAUUGCAAUGGCUAUUUAUAUACAAUGCUCUUUAAUAAUCUUUGUUGUUUCUGGCCCCAUAUGUUAAAUCUUUCAUUUAGUUCUUAUCUAAAAUAGCCAUUAUUUGAUUAAUGUUCUAAGAUAAUUGACAGGAUCAUGCAAUAUCUUACAAUAUUGAUCACCACAAAUUGGCUUUGUACAGUUCAAGAUGACUCACAGCCUGGUAAAAGCGUAAAUCCCUUUUAGCUCUUGCUUACCACUUGCUUCAGCGGUAGGCCUACCUCCCAAGCCUUGCUUAAAUGUUCAUCCUUUAGUUACAGCCGUUUAGCUCCUUUCAACUGCGGUGUGAUUUACAGGAAGCUCAGGUUUGAGAUAGCGAACAGACUCUAGUGUUGACAACAGAGAGGUGAACGUCUCUAGCUGAGAUGGACAAACAAUUCCGUCAGGAGCCAGACUCUGAGAGAACUACUCUGGAUGCAUCUCAGUAGUCUACUGUAGCCUCCUGCUUGUCUCCUCUCCCUCAUCCUACUCUUUUUGUUUUCUUUAGGGGGUAGAUCAUCUUUAAUAUUGCAGAUAGAUUGUAGCUUCCAUCAAUGUAAUUUUCUGCAUCACUUCCAAUCCCCCAUAUAUUUUUUUGCAAGUGUGUGUGUGUGUUAUUGCCAUCUAGCUGUUCUGUUAGACCUUCUAUUUCCUUUGUUAGUAUGGACUCUUUUGACCUAAAUUGCUUUUGUUUUUGAAAUGAGUACUGAAUUGCAUGGCCUCUAAAGGCACAUUUUAAAGGUGUCCCAUACAGUAAGGGGAUUAGUUGUACCUAUGUUAUGUCGGAAAAAGUCAGUUAUAAAUUCCUCUGUCCUAUUUAAAAACAAGUUAUUAUCCAAUAGGCUUUGAUUACAUUUCCAAUAUCCUCGCCCACGUGGAAAUUCCGUAAGAAUAAUGUAUAUGCCUAUUAUCUGAUGGUCCGAUCACAUUCUGUCCCCUAUCAACACUUUUUAAUCUUCUGGUGACAACGAGAAUGACAUAAGAAAGAAGUCAAGACGACUAGCUUGAUUGAGCCUCCGCCAUGUACACUACCACUCAAAAGUUUGGACACACCUAUCCAUUCAAGGGUUUUUCUUUAUUUUUACUAUUUUCUACAUUGUAGAAUAAUAGUGAAGAUAUCAAAUCAAGUUUUAUUUGUCACAUACACGUGUUUAGCAGAUGUUAUAGCGGGUGUAGCGAAAUGCUUGUGCUUCUAGCUCCAGUAAUAUCUAACAAUUUCACAACAAAUACCCAAUACACACAAAACUAGUAAGGAAUGGGAUUUAAGAAUAUAUACAUAUAUGGAUAAGCAAUGACAGAGCGGCAUGGACUAAGAUACAGUAGAAUGUUAUAGAAUAGAAUGCAGUAUAUACAUAUGAGAUGAGUAGUGCAAGAUAUGUAAACAUUAUUAAAGUGACUAGUGUUCCAUUUCUUAAAGUGGCCAGUGAUUUCAAUAGGCAGCAGCAGCGUCUAAUGUGCUAGUGAUGGCUAUUUAACAGUCUGAUGGCCUUGAGAUAGAAGCUGUUUUUCAUUCUCUCGGUCCCAGCUUUGAUGCACCUGUAAUGACCUCGCCUUCUGGAUGAUAGCGGGGUGAACAGGCAGUGGCUCGGGUGGUUGAUGUCCUUGAUGAACUUUUUGGCUUUCCUGAGACAUCGGAUGUUGUAUGUGUCUUGGAGGGCGGGUAGUUUGCCCCCGGUAAUGCGUUCGGCAGACCGCACCACCCUCUGGAGAGCCCUGCGGUUGUGGGCGGUGCAGUUGCCGUACCAGGCGGUGAUACAGCCCUACAGGAUGCUCUCAAUUGUGCAUCUGUAAAAGUUUGUUUUAUGUGCUAAGCCAAAUUUCUUCAGCCUCCUGAGGUUGAAGAGGCUCUGUUGCGCCUUCUUCACCACACUGUCUGCGUGGGUGGACCAUUUCAGUUUGUCUGUGAUGUGUACGCCAAGGAACUUGAAGCUUUCCACCUUCUCCACUGCGGUCGUGUCGAUGUGGAUAUGGGGGUGCACCCUCUGCUGUUUCCUGAAGUCCACGAUCAUCUCCUUUGUUUUGUUGACGUUGAGUGAGAGGUUAUUUUCCUGGCACCACACUCCCAGAGCCCUCACCUCUUCCCUGUAGGCGGUCUCGUCAUUGUUGGUAAUCAAGCCUACUACUGUUAUGUCGUCUGCAAACUUGAUGAUUGAGUUGGAGGCGUGCUUGGCCACGCAGUCAUGGGUGAACAGGGAGCACAUGAGGGGGCUGAGCACGCAACCCUUGUGGGGCCCCAGUGUUGAGGAUCAGCGAAGUGGAGAUGUUGUUUCCUACCUUCACCACCUGGGGGCGGCCCGUCAGGAAGUCCAGGACCCAGUUGCACAAGGCGGGGUUCAGACCCAGGGCCUCGAGCUUAAUGAUGAGCUUGGAGGGUACUAUGGUGUUGAAUGCUGAGCUAUAGUCAAUGAACAGCAUUCUUACAUAGGUAUUCCUCUUGUCCAGAUGGGAUAGGGCAGUGUGAUGGCGAUUGCAUCGUCUGUGGAUCUGUUGGGGCGGUAAGCAAAUUGAAGUGGGUCUAGGGUGGCAGGUAAGGUAGAGGUGAUAUGAUCCUUGACUAGUCUCUCAAAGCACUUCAUGAUGACAGAGGUGAGUGCUGCAGGGCGAUAGUCAUUUAGUUCAGUUACCUUUGCUUUCUUGGGAACAGGAACAAUGGUGGCCAUCUUGAAGCAUGUGGGAACAGCAGACUGGGAAAGGGAGAGAUUGAAUAUGUCCAUAAACACACCAGCCAGCUGGUCUGCGCAUGCUCUGAGGACGCGGCUAGGGAUGCCGUCUGGGCCGGCAGCCUUGCGGGGGUUAACAUGCUUAAAUGUCUUAAUCACGUCGGCCAUGGAGGAGAAGAGGCCACAGUCCUUGGUAGUGGGCCUCGUCAGUGGCACUGUGUUAUCCUCAAAGCAGGCGAAGAAGGUGUUUAGCUUGUCUGGAAGCGAAACGUCGGUGUCGGCGACGUGGCUGGUUUUCUUUUUGUAGUCCGUGAUUGUCUGUAGACCCUGCCACAUACGUCUCCUGUCUGAGCUGUUUGAAGACAUCAAAACUAUGAAAUACCACAUGGAAUCAUGUAGUAACCAAAAAAGUGUUAAACAAAUCAGUAUAUUGUAUAUUUGAGAAUCUUCAAAUAGCCACUUUUGACUGGUACUGUUCUCUCUCUCUCUCGCUCUCUCUCUGCGUGCUGUGCUCUCUUGCAGUCAGUCAGUGGGAGGUGUGUUAGUCAGGGCUGCGUGACUGGGCAUGCCUCUUCACAAUAGAGUAGCAUGGCACUGCUCUGGCCCACUCACAAACACUGGGCACCCUCCAGCACUCACUGGGCCAACAAGUGCAUUCAACGUGGGGAGAGGAGCUGGAAAGAGGGAGUGAGGUUGCAUCCCAAAUGACAUCCUAUUUCGUGCACUACUUGUGACCACAGCCCCUAUACUGUAUAGGGAGUUCGGUGCCAGUUGGGAUGCUGUCCUCAAGUACCCUAGCAUGGUUGUAGAGCAGGGAUGGGCAACUGGCGCAUGCGGACCCCUUUUUGAAGGCCCUCGGAUAACUUUUUUUUUGGGUGGGGGGGGGGGGAUAUUUAGGGGGGAACUCAGUUGGGUUCUUAACUUAUUGUUGCGAGGUAGAAUAGUAGAAUACACAAGGUGCAAUUUGGUUGUGCACCAACAGUUUUUGUCUUACAGUAUGUCAGUCACUGUUAGUCACUCAAUUAGCCCAUGUCAGCAAACACUAUUCUAACGGCCAGCUAUCUAAACUUGUAGUAAUCAAGGUGGAAUUAGAGCCCGGGGCCCCCCAUUGAUUUUGUUAGUCAGUCUCAGGUAUCAUAUUAAAAACUGCAAACAUUUCUCUCCACCAUAUGGUAAAAUGUGUAGAAUUGCACAAAAUUAAAACUAAAACCAAAAAAAUGUGUUUGAAAUUAGUUAUACAAUUCUGAAUCUUCUCUCUGCCCGAUGGCAAAAUGUGUAGAAUUGUAGCAAACUAGCUUUAAAACAGCAACAUGUUCUUUACACCCCAUGGUAAAAUGUGUAGAAUUGCACGAAAUUCCCUUUAUUAAUUUCUCUCCGGGUGUGGGGGAGCAACUGCGGCACCUCAUGAGUUUGGAUUUUUAGUGGCCCCCACCCCAUCAAAGUUGCCCAUCCCUGCUGUAGAGAGAGGGAAGAGAAGGCUCAACUCAAGUACCUUAGCAUGGUUGUAGAGAGAGGGAAGAGAGUUGCCUGUUAAUGCACUGCAGGCGUCAUGCUCGCUAGUUAUGCCCAUUUUGAUCUAUCGAGAGUGUUUUCACUCUCAAGUCAAGUGCUCUUCUCUAAUGGUCUUCAGAGUGGAGUUUGCAUUGUGGCCUGAGUCUGUCUGUUGUAGCAUUCUAUGUCCUGUAGUGGGCAUGAAUGAGUCGUCUUACUGGUCUGUGGUGAUGGUGUUGCUGCUGCUGGAACGGGUUUCUCCUAGCCUAGCUUUCUGCUAGAGCGGAACAUGUUGACUGUCUCAAACUGACCUCAACAAAUAACCAGAAAAUGUUUUCCCUCCAAAGAAUACAUCUGGACCCAUAUUCAUUAAGCGGCAGAGUAUGGGGUAUCAGUCGAUUUAAAUCAAUUCAUUAGGCCUUUAUCUAUGGAUUUCACAUGACUGGGAAUACAGAUAUGCAUCUGUUGGUCACAGAUACCUUAAAUAAAGAAAGUAGGUAUCAGUAUCUGGUGUGACCACCAUUUGCCUCAUGCAACGCAACACAUCUCCUUCGCAUAGAGUUGAUCAGGCUGUUGAUUGUGGCCUGUGGAAUGAUGUCACACUCCUUUUCAAUGGCUGUGUGAAGUUGCUGGAUAUUGGCAGGAACUGGAACACGCUGUCGUACACAUCGAUCCAGAGCAUUCCAGACAUGCUCAAUGGGUGACAUGUCUGGUGAGUAUGCAGGCCAUAGAAGAACUGGAACAUUUUAAGCUUCCAACGAUUGUGUACAGAUCCUUGCAACAUGGGGCCGUGCAUUAUCAUGUUGAAACAUGAGGUGAUGGCGGCGGAUGAAUGGCACGACAAUGGGCCUCAGGAUCUCGUCACGGUAUCUCUGUGUAUUGAAAUUGCACUUGAUAAAAAUGCAAUUGUGUUCGUUGUCCGUAGCUUAUGCCUGUGUAUAUCAAUGACGUCGCUCUUGCUGCUGGUGACUCUCAGAUCCACCUCUACGCAGACGACACCAUUUUGUAUACAUCUGGCCCUUCAUUGGACACCGUGUUAACAAACCUCAAAACGAGCUUCAAUGCCAUACAACACUCCUUCAGUAGCCUCCAACUGCUCUUAAACACUAGUAAAACUAAAUGCAUGCUCUUCAACCGAACGCUGCUUGCACCCGCCCACCCGACUAGAAUCACUACUCUCGACGGGUCUGACCUAGAGUAUGUGGACAACUACAAAUAUCUAGGUGUCUGGUUAGACUGUAAACUCUCCUUCCAGACUCACAUUAAGAAUCUCCAAUCCAAAGUUACAUCUAGAAUCGGUUUCCUAUUUCGCAACAAAGCCUCCUUCACUCAUGCUGCCAAACAUGCCCUCGUAAAACUGACUAUCCUACCGAUCCUUGACUUCGGCGAUGUCAUUUACAAAAUAGCCUCCAACACUCUACUCAGCAAAUUGGAUGUAGUCUAUCACAGUGCCAUCCGUUUUGUCUCCAAAGCCCCAUAUACUACCCACCACUGUGACCUGUACGCUCUUGUUGGCUGGUCCUCACUACAUAUUCGUCGCCAAACCCACUGGCUCCAGGCCAUCUAUAAAUCACUGCUAGGCAAAUCCCUGCCUUAUCUUAGCUCAUUGGUCACCAUAGCAACACCCACCCGUAGUCUGCGCUCCAGCAGGUAUAUCUCACUGGUCAUCCCCAAAGCCAACACCUCCUUUGGCCGCCAUUCCUUCCAGUUCUCUGCUGCCAAUGACUGGAACAAAUUGCAAAAAUCUCUGAAGCUGGAGACACUUAUCUCCCUCACUAACUUUAAGCAUCAGUUGUCAGAGCACCUUACCGAUCACUGCACCUGUACACAGCCCAUCUGAAAUUAGCCCGCCCAACUACCUCAUCCCUAUAUUGUUAUUUAUUUUGCUAAUUUGCACCCCAGUAUCUCUAUUUGCACAUCAUCUCUUGCACAUCUAUCAUUCCAGUGUUAAUACUAAUUGUAAUUAUUUUGCACUAUAGCCUAUUUAUUGCCUUACCUCCAUAACUUGCUACAUUUGCACACACUGUAUAUAUUUAUUUCUGUUGUAUUUUUGACUUUGUUUUGUUUUACCCCAUAUGUAACUCUGUGUUGUUGUUUUUAUCGCACUGCUUUGCUUUAUCUUGGCCAGGUCGCAGUUGUAAAUGAGAACUUGUUCUCAACUGGUUUACCUGGUUAAAUAAAGGUGAAAUAAAAAUAAAAUAAAAAACCCCACCACCACCACCAUUGGGCACUCUGUUUAUAACGUUGACAUCAGCAAACCGCUCGCCCACACGACGCCAUACACGUUGUGAGGCCGGUUGGACAUACUGCCAAAUUCUCUAAAACGACGUUAGAGGCGGCUUAUGGUAGAAAAAUGAAUGUUCAAUUCUCUGGCAACAGCUCUGGUGGACAUUCCUGCAGUCAGCAUGCCAAUUGUACGCUCCCUCAACUUGAGACAUCUGUGGCAUUGUGUUGUGUGACAAAACUGCACAUUUUAGAGUGGCCUUUUAUUGUCCCCAGCACAAGGUGCACCUGUGUAAGGAUCAUGCUGUUUAAUCAGCUUCUUGAUAUGCCACACCUUUCGGGUGAAUGGAUUGUCUUGGCAAAGGAGAAAUGCUCACUAACAGGGAUGUCAACAUAUUUGUGCACAGCAUUCGAGAGAAAUAAGCAUUUUGUGCUUAUGGAACAUUUCUGGGAUCUUUUAUUUCAGCUCAUGAAACAUGGGACCAACACUUUACAUGUUGCAUUUAUAUUUUUGUUCAGUGUAUUUGUCAUGACUUGGCAAAGAGCUGACUAAAUGGAUUGUAAUGACUCCGCCUCCCACUGGAUGGAGCCAGAGAGACGUUUAUUCAACAGAGAAGCCUCUGAGUGUCCUAGAACUGUCUUUUUUUUGUGUUCUGACUUAUAAAACGGUGGGAAAUUAAUAAAAUAAGUCAUGUGAACAUAUUAUCAGUAAUUACCAGUAAAUCUAGUGCCUGAAAUCUUAAGAGGAUACUGAAUAAGAUUAUAUGGACGGGGGACCUGAUCCUACAUCACCACUCCUACUCUGAGACACUUUGUGAAUAUGACCUCAUCACUUUCUGACCAUACUAGAAAUGACAGAAGUAUGUUUCUUGUUGCCUGGCUACCCAGACUCCUUGCUACGAUCAAAAACUACGCCACACCCACGGACGUUAGUUUCUUCUCCGCAAUGAGUCUGAAUCGGAGUACCUCCCCGACCCUUCACAAAAUGCCAACACAUUCGGGGCCAUCUGAUUGGUCCAGAAACUGAUGGGUUGGGCCAGAGCCAGAACACGUGUGGGUAAAGCGGCGGUUUUAAAAUGUGUCAUUGGCUUUGAUACUCUUGAUUGGUUAGAGACGAUCCAAUCGCUGAUGACCUUUGUUUUGUACAACGCCCCUCGUCAACACAAACAACUUCAAUGAUGGCAGUCUCAGACUAAAGUAUGUAGCGAUCGAGAGAGCAGAGGAAGAAUUGAGUGUGAGUUGUCAGGCUAUGGUUCUUCUUCCUCUUCUUUACUUUCUAAAAGCCUCAGUUACAGUUGAUUUCUCAGUGUCUUGUCGUACUUCUGUUCGUGGAUGUUCUGUACUGUAAUUCUUCCUGUGUAGUUAGCCUAAAAGGUUGGUGGAAAUGGGAGGGGUGUUCUGUACUGUAAUUCUUCCUGUGUAGUUAGCCUAAAAGGUUGGUGGAAAUGGGAGGGGUGUUCUGUACUGUAAUUCUUCCUGUGUAGUUAGCCUAAAAGGUUGGUGGAAAUGGGAGGGGUGUUCUGUACUGUAAUUCUUCCUGUGUAGUUAGCCUAAAAGGUUGGUGGAAAUGGGAGGGGUGUUCUGUACUGUAAUUCUUCCUGUGUAGUUAGCCUAAAAGGUUGGUGGAAAUGGGAGGGGUGUUCUGUACUGUAAUUCUUCCUGUGUAGUUAGCCUAAAAGGUUGGUGGAAAUGGGAGGGGUGUUCUGUACAGUAAUUCCUUACUUGGUUAUGAGGUUGGGGUGAGAGAGGGAAAGAGGGAGAGAUCUUGUGUAAACUCACAUCUGUCUGUUCUGUUGUCUUCCUCUCUCUCUCUUGUGCCCCCCUCCCCCCUCCUAGGUAUCCCUGUUGCCCAGCAACACCUGAUCUGGAACAACUUGGAGCUGGAGGAUGAGUACUGUCUGCAUGAUUACAGGUGAGUUUACCUAGGUCAUGUUCAUUUGGCACCAAACUGAAUGAAACAGGCUGGAGCUACCUGGACUUAUUAAGAGUAGGUCAUUUAGCUUUCUGUUGUAAAGCAUUUUAAAAUGUUUCCCGUUGCGUGGCCUAAUUAACACAACCCUAUUCACAACCCUUUUUAUUUUAAUUUAUUUUUUACUCUGGUUAGUUAACUGGGAACCUAUUUUCAUAUACAGCAAUGCCCUGUAAAUGAACCAUCAACUUUGAUCUCGUAAUUAGUGGUUAAUUGAAAUGAGUGAAGUGGAAGACUUGACUAUAUGCUUUGAAAUGAAUUCCCCUUGUAGUGAAUCAAUGUUCUCCCCAAGUCCUGAUAUCAAUGAACCAAAGAUGGCGAAUUGGCUACAGUCACAUAUUGAAUGUGUUUGGAGCGCUAGCUGAUCCCCGUUGAGUUGUCAGUUUUAUUAGAUACAGACCCACUCUACAGAUUGCAGAUGGUGGUUGCGUCAUGAAUGCUUGUCGCUUAAUUUUCCACAUGAUCGGUCCCCGGUGUGAUUUAGUUAGGUCUGAACAAAACAUCCUUUUGAAGUCUCAGAAAUGGAGGGUGAGAGGGGGUGGAUUUGCAUAAAACUGACGUUCCGUUACAAUUCCAAUGGAAUUCCCAGACGUGUGCAUAAGUUCAUCUGGAGCGCAGACUGACUGAGGAACAAUGUUUGUUCCGGAAUAAUUAUCGUUUUCCCAGUCGACGUUUCCAGGGUCGUGUUUAUUGGGCACCAACCGUAAGAAAACCAACUGAAACAGGGAGGGACUACUUUUUUUUUUUUUAAGAUGAUGCUAGGUUUUCCGCUGCGUGCCCUAAUGAACACCACAUGUGCUUGAACGAUCCAGCUAGCUGUAGGGCAAAGCAAUACGUUGAUAGCUUAACCGAUCCUUCCAAGGGACUUGGGACAGCUUCAACCAACCAUAAUUGCUGACAUUUAUCUUGUUGUCUGUCUAUGUGUCUGCAGUAUUGCUGAGGGCUGUACUCUGAAGCUGGUGCUAGCCAUGAGAGGAGGACCCAUCAACACCAGGAGAGGUAGCUAGGGGGAGAUGGGUUGGGAUUUCUCUGCCUUCACUGCUGGACACCCAUAAGUAUUCACACAUAGUCAAUUCACCUAUUCUAGUCAUGUAGCCUCUAACAACAUGUUGAUUUGAUGAACACUGCCCUAACAGUCUCGACUCUCACCCUAAAGUCCAUGAAGUGAUUGGUUGAUUCUCUCUCUUGGGCAGUGUCCAUGAAAGACUUGGUGUCUGACUGACUGACUGACUUGUUUCUCUCUCCCUCAGUGCCUGUUGAGGACCCAGUGAAGGAGAUCGCUGAGAGAAUGGAGGAGGGCUGGGAGAAGAGUCUGCCUAGCAACAAGCAGGUCACCUUCCUGGUGUACCGAGAGGGAGACCAGCUCAACUUCUUCCGGGUCGUCGACCGGGGGGACGGAACUCUGACCCCUGUCUCAGAAUCACUCAGGUGAGCACCGUCCACUUUCAGAUAAGUGCAAUACCAAUUUCCCAGUCCAAAUUCAACUACAUUAUUUUCCACUCUGAGGCAAUAUACAGGUCUUAGAUCCAUGUGCUUUAUUAGGAAGGGUAGGUGGCAGGUCCAAAGGUUAAGCGUAGGGAAUUAAAUUGUUUAGGAUUAGGGCCAGUAUUCUUUUAUGUCAACAAUAUGUCAUUAAAAUGACAGUUCUACACAGAGACAGUCCAAAAAUAGACUUGGUUUAUAUUCUUCCUCAAUAGAUCUCUGGUCAAGGUCAAUGUCAGGAUGGGUGAAUGUGUGGCAUCAUUCUGGACUAAAGCAUCACUCUUCCCCCGUAAAAGUCCAUAUGUGAUCUUUUCAUUUUCUGUCCAAGUAGUUAAUGUGUGUGUGUGUUCCAGUGGUGGCUCGGUGUACAACAUGUACGAGGAGGAGGAGGAGGAGGAGGAGACGGUGGGCUUGGCUUUGGGACAGCCGUCCCUGGAGAACUCCAUCACCAUGAACAAGAUGAAACUGCUCAAAGCCAAGAUGGAGGACAUGAACAUCAACAAGAAGGUAGAAAGAUUUUACUUCCUAGUUCUUUCCUUAGAAUAUCAUUAUUCUCUAUCCAUUAACACGGUUAGGAAAGACGAGAAUAUAAUCUUUAUUAUCCAAAGCAUUUUACUGGCAAAGUGCAAACUAAACCUUCAAAAUGCAAGUCCAGGUGACGACUCAAUGAUUUACCAAUCAACUUGCAUCUCAAAUAAAUACUAAUUUUCUAAUCAAAAUUAGUCAUUCUCUGCCUCCCCUUGCUCGAACUGAUCCCCUCAAACACGCUGUAUGACUGUCUCUGUCUGUCUCCCCCCAGCCUAAGAAGUCUGCUGAGUUGAAACCUCUGUCACCCGUCGGUCCCCGGCCCUGCCGCAACUUUCUGGGGCCACCCCGACACCCCCGCCUCUUCAAUAUCCUGCCCCAGAUCAACCAAUCCCACCACUCCGCCUCACACUUACCUCCAAUCAGGGACCAGGGAUCCGCAACUCCCUCCCCUCCCGUUGCUGCUACCUCCGCCACCCACCCGUCAAUCAGCGGCCAGGCGCCGCCCUAUUUCUCCUCCUCGUCCUGUUACAUGCUCCAGGAGGAGGAGCCAUGGGAGACCAGCCCCAAGUCGAUCCGGCCCCCUCCCAAAGUUUCCCGGUUGGACAUCGGCAGCACCAGGCUCAUGAGGGACUGUGUGUACCCGCAGCUCCCCGCACUCCCCAGCAGGGGGCAAGCUGAGGGGGCAGUGGAGCUGCCCGACACCAGAGGAGAGGCACUGGGGCUGGAGUUGCUGGAGGAGGUUGCAGGCCUGCUGGAGCCCACACCGCCUGGAGCUCUGUACGGAGACCUGCUCACUGACCCCCUCAUCCUGGACAUCUCUACCCAGCCAGAGGAGGGUUUGGGUGGGUUGAAUGGGCUAGGAGCCCUGGAGGUUGGCGCAGAGCACCAGCACCAGCUCCCCUCCACCCCCUCUCUGCUCUCACAAGCUGAGGGGAUGAACUCUUUAAACAACUGGGCGAUGAGUGGUUCUGAUAGGUUAGCCAGCAAAGGUGAGAGGACACAGUUACUAGGUAACACCCUUCAUCAUAUACCCGACUCUCCUUCCCCCUCCCCCUCCUCAUCCUCCCCCUCUAGUAGACGGAGACUACCACAACCCUUUGAGUUCACAGGCUCAGCAACGUCAACCAUACGACCCAAUCCCCCCUCCUCCUCCCGCCCCACCACUCUCCUCUCCCCUGCUCCAACUCUCCCCUCCGUCUCUCUUCCACGUGGCUCUCUUCUGCGAGGCAUCAAGGUGGACUCCUCAGGCAAGCGGCCGGAGAUGAUGAGUAAAAGUGAGGCACGGGGCGUCACCAAGCUGACCAACCAGGCCUGUAAGAACCCUCUCGGGUCCCUCGGCAACACAGAGCUCCUGGCCUCCUUGUCCUCUUCCUCCAGGACCCCAGGUGGCAGCAGCAGCAGGGAAGGCCUGGGACAGAGCCUGGGACUCGGUUUGGGGCUGCCCGCUGUUGGGGCCGGGCUGGGCAGGCUAGGCUCCAUGGCCCCCUCCCUCCAAGCCAACAUCCAGCUGCUCCAGGAGGACCUGAUCCGACGAAUGUCCCCACUACAGAGAGCGACUGCCUCUUACAUGGUGAGUCGUGAGGACAGACUAUUGAGAUACAACCCAGCUAGGCAGGAAAAUGGGUACUAUCCACAAAUAAGGACUCGAUGUACUGCCUAAAUAGAAAUGAACAAAUCAAAGAAGCACAAUGAUAGUGUGUUGUAUUGUGAGGUACAGUACUCUUGAAACACUACAUCGUUUGUGCGUAGCCUGAAAUCUAUAACCUGUUUUGCUAACAUUCCACUCCUACUGUGUCAUUGCCAAACAUUGUUUAGCAUGACAAGGAGCGGAAUGAUGGCUAAACAGACUUAUACCCAGGCUAGUUUGUGCGGCGUCGAUGUCCUUGUCUGAAACCUCCUCUCGUUGUUCCAGGCACCCAACAGCAUAGGAUCAGCUGGAGGCUCCAGUUCAAUAAGGAGACUAGGUGAGUGGGGAAACCCUAAAAACCCAGGGAUCCGGGUCUGCUCAAAAGUAGUCCAAGUAGUGCACUAGAGAAUAGCAUGCCAUUUCAAAUGCAGGCCCCAAUCAAAAGUAGUCCGCUAUAUACUAGGGUCGGUCUCUCCAACCCUGUUCCUGGAGAGCUACCGUCCUGUAGGUUUUCACUCCAACCCUGUUCCUAGAGAGAUACCGUCCUGUAGGUUUUCACUCCAACCCUGUUCCUGGAGAGCUACCGUCCUGUAGGUUUUCACUCCAACCCUGUUCCUAGAGAGCUACCGUCCUGUAGGUUUUCACUCCAACCCUGUUCCUAGAGAGCUACCGUCCUGUAGGUUUUCACUCCAACCCUGUUCCUAGAGAGCUACCGUCCUGUAGGUUUUAGCUCCAACUCUAAUCUACCGCACCUGAUUCUAAUUAUUAGCUGGUUGAUAAGCUGAACCAGGUUAGUUACAACUGGUGUUGGAGUGAAACAGGGGGGUAGCUCUCUGGAAACAGGGAUGGAGAGCCCUGUACUAGGGAAUAGGGUGCCCUUUCAAACGCAGACCCAGUCUUAAUAGAAAUAUCUAUUUGUCCUGUAAUAAGACAGAAUGAGACUUUCUCAGAUCAUAAUCUCAUUGAAUCCAAUAAGAAAUGUGGUGGAAAAUAUCGAAGGGAAAUUCCAAAUUUCAUGAGAAUCCCAAGUUCCAAAUGUUAUGAGAAACACCCAAACUAUGUAUACCCUCUUUAUUGAGAUGAAAAAAGCUGCUGGCGCGUUUUCAACCCAAGUCUUUGUGAAAGCAACGUGUGUAAUCUAGUAGCCCAGCACAGGGUCUGUAGUAGAACGCAUAAACACACAACACACACACAGUCAGACAGACAGAGAACAGCUCUCUGACCGACCCAGGGGUAGUCGUAGGCUGAGGGCACACGCAUACAGACAGACACAUUGGUGCAUGGACAGACACGUCACACAUACGUAUACGCAUGUACACAGUAACCAAAGCAGCUCACUGACCUAGGAUUAGUGCCAGUAAGAACACACACACAAAGCAAGUACAUUUUCAUGCAAUUAUACACAUUUUGCCAUGGAAUGUAGAGAAAGUGUUGCAGUUUUAAAGCAAAUUGGCUGCAAUUCUACACAUUUUGACACUGGGCAGAGAGAAUAUUUAGCAAGUUUUAUAACUAAUUUCAUGCAAUUCUACUCAUAUAUUUCCAUGGUGCUGAGAGAAAAAGGAGCUGUUUUACAGCUAAUUUCCUGCAAUUCUACACAUGUUGCCAUAGGGUGGAGAGAAAUGUUUGCAGGUCUUAAUGUAUCUGAGUGAGGGACUAAUUUGGCAAUCUAAACAUUGUUAGUUGACAUGGGCUAAUUGACUAUCAGUGACUGACAUAACGAGAAACUGCUGAUGCAAAAUCGAGUUUCGAAAUUGCACCUUGUUUAGUCUAACUCGAAACAGUAAGUUGAGACCCUGACUGAGUUCCUAAAAUUAUAUCUAAAAAAAAUAUUGAUCCAAGGGCCAGUUGCCCGUCGCCGUGUUACAGUCUGAAUUCAAAAUGGAUUAAAUAGUAACCCAGAAUGACAACGUGAAAACAUGUUUUUAGAAAUGUUUGCAAAUGUAUUGAAAAUGAAAUACAGAAAUCUCAUGACACUCCAAAUUGAGCUCAGGUGCAUACAAUUUCCUUUGGUCAUCCUUGAGAUGUCACUGCAACUUGAUUGGUGUCCACCUGGGGCCAAUUCAACUGUUUGGACAUUAUUUAGAAAGACCCACACCUGUCUAUAUAAGGUUCCACUGUUGACAGUGCAUGUCAGAGCAGAAACUAUACCAUGAAGUCCAAGGAACUGUCUGUAGAUCUCCAAGAGAGAAUUGUGACGAGGUAUAUACUGUAUCUGGGGAAGAGUUUAAAACAAUUUCCGAGAGCACAGUGGCCUCCAUCAUUGGGAAAUGGAAGAAAUAUCUAACUACCCAGACUCUGCCUAGAGUUGGCCAUCCGACCAAACUGAGCAACCGGGCAAGAAGGACCUUGGUCAGGGAGGUGACCAAGAACCCAAUGACCACUCUGACAGAACUACAUAGUUCCUUGGCUGAGAUGGGAGAACCUGCCAGAAGGGACAAGUCUCUACAGCACAUCACCAAUCUGGGCAUUAUGGGAGAGUGGCCAGACGGAAGCCACUCCUGAGAAAAAGGCACAUGACAGCAUGCCUGGAGUUUGCAAAAAGGCGCGUGAAAGACUCUGCGAUCAUAAAGCAAAUGAUUCUGUGGUCUGAUGAGACAAAAAUGUUUAGCCUGAAUGAAAGCGCUAUGUCUGGAGAAAACCAGGCACAGCUCAUCACCCGUGUAACACCAUCCCUACCGUGAAGCAUGGUGGUGGCAACAUCAUGUUAUGGGGAUGCUUUUCAGAGGCAGGGACUGAGUGACUGGUAAGGAUAGAAGGAACAAUGAAUGGAGGCAAAUCCUUGAUGAGAACCUGCUUCAGAGUGCAAAUGACCUUAGACUGGGGCGACAAUUUACGUUCCAACAGGACAAUGACCCCAAGCAUACAGCCAAAGCAAUGCUAGAAUGGCUUCAGCACAAGAAUGUGAAAGUCCUUGAGUGGCCCAGCCAAAGCCCAGACUUGAAUCCCAUUGAAAAUCUGUGGAAAGAUUUGAAGAUUGCUGUUCGCCGCUCCCCAUUUAACUUAACAGCGCUUGAGAAAAUCUAUAAGGAAGAAUGGGAGAAAAUCCCCAAAUCCAGAUGUGCAAAGCUGAUACAGACAUACCCAAGAUGACUCAAAGCUGUAAUCGCAGCCAAAGGUGCUUCUACAAAGUAUUGACUCAGGGGUGUGAAUACUUAUGUAAAUGAGAUAUUUCUCUUUCAUUUUCAAUAAAUGUGCAAAAAUGUCUAAAAACAUGUUUUCACUUUGUCAUUAUGGGGUAUUGUGUGUAGAUGGGUGAAGGGAAAACAUAUUUAAUCCAUUUUGAAUUCAGGCUAUAACAGAACAAAAUGUGGAAUAAGUAAAGGGGUAUGAAUACUUUCUGAAGGCACUGUAAAUUACCAAAGUUACGAUAGAUUGCCAUAGAUUUUCUGUUGAUUACCAAAAUGACUGAAUAUUCCAGUAACUUUGGUAAACUACCGGUAGCUUUGCAACCCUACAGGGUAGUAUUGUGAAAGCAGCCAGUGCAUGUUGUAUGAGCACUGCAGCGUGGCAUGGCAAUGGCAUUAAUUAAUUAUACACUACGUUACAGCUGCAGAAUGAGCACCAGACACAAUGACCCAUACACACUAUGCAAUGAGCCAAGGACAGGCUUGCAGUACAUGUUUGAGAUUGGAUACAUUGCUGUCGGCCUGCACAGAUCACUAAUCUGCAAAUGACCUUGCAUCCGAAAUAACUACUCAUUAUGUCAUCAAGAUUAGCGAUUCUGUGUCUCGUCUUGCUCAAACUGAUUCCCUUCAAAUAGCUCAUCUUAUUGCGGAUGGCCUUUGAGUACGUACCAGUAUUUCCUCUGGAAAAAUGUGUAGCAGUGGGGGGGGGGGGGGCGUAGGUGCGGUUCAAAGGAGGGUCCCCCUUGUUUUGGGGUUUUGUGGUCUCCCCAGAGCAAUUCUAUGUAGAAGGACUGAGAAGCUCAGUUCUGGUGACUUUUUAAAAGGACAUUAUAUUCCAAAAUGAAUGAAAAUGAAAUGAUGCUGACACCAUCUAAAAUAUAAUUUCUACCUCCCAGAAAUUAGCCCAAUAAAUUAUUUAAAAGUGGCAGUAUGUAACUUUUUGGGCGACGUGACCAAAUUCACAUAAAAAGGUGAGUUAUAGAUCUAUAAUUCUACCUUUAAGGAAGUCUAAGAAGCGUUAGAUCUGUUCUAUGUGCGCUGUUUCUAUGCUUCCUGUUAAGUUUGUUUUUGCAUCUUUUACUUUCGGUUUUGUACACCAGCUUCAAACAACAAUAUAAACUGAAAUUAGGCAAACUAUUAGUUUUCGCAACCAGGAAAUGGCAGAGUGAUUUCUGCAUUGUGCAACUUUAACAUAUUGGACCAUGCAUAUAGCCUAUGCAUGGUCCAUAUUAUUAGGUAUGCUAUUAGCAAUAAGCAUUAUCACCUGUAGCCCAACUGAUGCAAAUCAAAUCACAUUUUAUUGGCCGCAUACACAUAUUUAGCAGAUGUUAUUGCUGGUGUAGCGUAAUGCUUGUAAUGCUUGCAGCAUGGUGGCUAUAAAUAAAUAGUCUGAAGCAUGGAGUUGCCUAUCUGCAUUUAGUAAGCAUGUAUUGAUUGAAUUUUAUGUCCCAAAAAACUUGCAUAAACACAGUGAUUAUAAUGUACCUGUAGGGUAACUUGGGGUGAAACGCCACACGGGUUAGCACGCAUCCUGCUUGUACUUCUCACAUAAACCACUUCAUUGAAAAAUUCUCCCAACACUUACUCUUGCGCAUCAAAAAAUGUAAUCUCUGUCUAAUCACAAUUUAAGUCACUCCCCAAAAAAUAUUUUGAGAGAGGGAGGCGUUUUUACCUCAAGUUACCCUAUAAUUGACCCGUCUUACAUUUAGCCCCACUCCCCUAUGCACUCAUGGCGAAUUGCAGAGCAGUAACGUGCUUAACCAUGCCUCUGCUAAAAACUCAGGAUUUAAAAUGGUGCAGUUCACAUACUGUAUUUAAAAAUAAAGUAGGAAUGGAAAGCUGGGAUCCCCCUCUUUUUUAACAAAGGCCAUUAAAACUGCUGUUUUCCCCGCGAUUGCAUUAAGAAUUGUUGUGCAUUGACUGCUUGUCAGAAUGCAUGGUUCCCUCCCUAUGGCACUCGCAACUUGAAUGCAGCUUGAGAGGAAUAUUUCUCAAAUAGAACGCGCAACACCAAGCCGACUAGGUAACUAGAUAAACCAUUCUACUAUGGAGUUGUCAGGUUGUUCUAUUCAUUACUCGUCAGAUGCUCUUAUCCAGAGCGACUUACAGUUAGUGAGUGCACACAUUUUUUUCAUACUUGCAGAGGAAAAGUAAAUGUGGAAUGUUCUAGCAUCUUCAAAGUGCGCCUUAACAAAUAUUUGUUCAUGUUAAAUUAUUUUUGGGGUGGGCGUGGCUUGGCACAGGGCCACAGUGAAAUGACUGCUGCAGAAACACUGUAGGACACACUGUAAUAGUAUAUCAAAGCAGAUUAGUGAUGGGACACAACAUCCGAUCUCAUGGCCCGUUGCCUGCCUGGUUGGGAGAUUCUCCUGUCUGCUGUGUCACACUAACCUCUGUUUAUAUCAGUCCUGUUACGCCUGGCCUUCACCCCUCUUUCUCUCGCUCUGUCUUUCUUUCAGUUGAAAUAGCCUCUUCUUUUACAUGUUGCUUUGGUAAUAGUUCGGAAGCUUAACAUCAUUUAAGAGUGAAAUAUUGGAUGUUAAUAUCACCUCAGUGAUCUUGGCUUACUAUAUUCUUUUGAUUACUCAAAAUAGCUAUAAAAACAAAGUCGCACAAACGUUUCGGCAUCACUGUGCCUUCUUCAGGGUAAUGUCAUGAAUGCUUGAACCAGGUUUUGUAGACAAACAGUGCAAUUAGUGCAACCAAUGACAGUAGUGAGGGGUGUGUGGUAAUUGCUAGGUUGAUCAGAAUGAAUUGAGCGAAAACGUUAAAAGACAAUAGCCCACAGCAUAUUGAAUAUAUUAUGCCAUUAUUAUCAUUAGCAUUAGCAUCAACAUACAUUGUUUCAUUUAAUUUUACCUAUAUAUUUAAAUAUUUCCAAUUUUAUUAAAUGUUUUUGUUCAUGCUAACUCAUGCUUUUUAUUAGAUUACUCAAAAUAGAACUAUCCUUUAUUCUGGUCUCCUCCCACUAGGCCCCCCUGCAUAUCACCUGCCUCCAGUCAAGGUCCCGCUGGCCAAUAAGAAGAAGGAAUCUAAACACUGCUUCCUCUGUGGCAAGAAGACUGGUCUGGCCACCAGCUACGAGUGCAGGUACACCUCUCAGUUCCUCUGUUAUUCUCUCUCUCCCUCCACCCCUCUCUACAUCACGGUCUCUCACUUCCUGCUUCCUCUGUGGCAGGAAGACGGGUCUGGCCACCAGCUGUGAGGGUGGUGACACCUCCCACUUCCUCAUUCUUCCUCCCUCAUUAAUCGUUGUCAUCCAAUCUAGUCAGUUUUUUUGUGUAUCUGUCCUACUACUAGGUAUGCCAGGAGUAAAAAAGUCAAGUUUUAUUAUUUGGAUGUACUAGGGCUGGGGGUUUGAAAUAAUUUCACAUCGUAUAGUAUCAUUCAAUUUUGUCAGAUAUCCGGAUAUUCAAAAUACAUGUUUUUUUUUUUUAAAGUGUGUUUAAACCUGAGCGUUGCUGUGGUAGGGAGAGAGGCUGCAGCUGGCAGCGGAGGUUUAUAUGGGGUGGUGUGUGUAGCAAGCAGACAGAGGGAGAGGCUACAGCCAAGACUAGCUAACUAGCAGCCACAAUGUUAUUUAUCAUCCCAGAUACUAGUGCCUGUCUUGACUGGAGUAGCCUAGAGAAGCUAGCUAGCUAUCUACAGUGCCUUCGGAAAGUAUUCAGACCCCACUGACUUCUUCCACAUUUUGUUACGUUACAGCCCAGAUCACUAAAAAAAACACUGAAAUAUCACAUUUACAUACAGUACCAGUCAAAAGUUUGGACACAACUACUUAUUCCACCUACUCUGCGUCUCACAAAGACACGGCGGUUGGAACCAAAAAUCUCAAAUUUGGACUCAUCAGACCAAAGGACAGAUUUCCACUGGUCUAAUGUCCAUUGCUCAUGUUUCUUGACCCAAGCAAGUCUCUUCUUCUUAUUGGUGUCCUUAAGUAGUGGUUUCUUUGCAGCAAUUAGACCAUGAAGGCCUGAGUCUCCUCUGAACAGUUGAUGUUGAUGUGUCUGUUACUUGAAUACUGUGAAGCAUUUAUUUGGGCUGCAAUCUGAGGUACAGUUAAUUGCCCAUUUCUGAGGCUGGUAACUCUUAAUGAACUUAUCCUCUGCAGCAGAGGUAACUCUGGGUCUUCCAUUCCUGUGGCGGUCCUCAUGAGAGCCAGUUUCAUCAUAGCGCUUCAUGGUUUUUGCGACUGCACUUCACUUGAAGAAACGUUCAAAGUUCGUGAUAUUUUCCAGAUUGACUGAUCUUCAUGUCUUAAAGUAAUGAUGGACACUUGUUUCUAUUUGCUUAUUUGAGCUGUUCUUGCCAUAAUAUGGACUUGGUCUUUUACCAAAUAGGGCUACCUGAUGUAUACCAACCCUACCUUGUCACAACACAACUAAUUGGCUCAAACGCAUUCAGAAGGAAAGAAAUUCCACAGAUUAACAUUUAACAAGGCACACCUGUUAAUUGAAAUGCAUUCCAGGUGACUACCUCAUGAAGCUGGUUGAGUGAAUUUCAAGAGUGUGCAAAGCUGUCAUCAAGGCAAAGGGUAGCUACUUUGAAGAAUCUCAAAUAUAAAAUAGAUUUUGAUUUGUUUAACACUUUUUUGGUUACUACAUUAGUUAUUUCAUAGUUUUGAUGUCUUCACUAUUAUUCUACAAUGUAGAAAAAAGUAAAGAUAAACCCUGGAAUGAGUAGGUGUGUCCAAACUUUUGACUGGUACUCUAUGUAUUCAGACCCUUUACUCAGUACUUUGUUGAAGCACCUUUGCCAGCGAUUACAGCCUAGAGUCUUCUUGGGUAUGACGCUACAAGCUUGGCACACCUGUAUUUGGGGAGUUUCUCCUAUUCUUCUCUGCAGAUCCUCUCAAGCUCUGUCAGGUUGGAUGUGGAGCGUUGCUGCACAGCUAUUUUGAGGUCUCUCCAGAGAUGUUAGAUCGGGUUCAAGUCCGGGCUCUGGCUGGGCCACUCAAGGACAUUCAGAGACGGGUGAAGAGACAGGUGAACCUUCGCCCCAGUCUGAGGUCCUGAGCACUGGAGCAGGUUUUGAUCAAGGAUCUCUCUGUGCUUUGCUCUGUUAAUCUUUGCCUUGAUCCUGACUAGUCUCCCAGUCCCUGCCGCUGAAAAACAUCCCCACAGCAUGAUGCUGCCACCACCAUGCUUCACCGUAGGGAUGGUGCCUGGUUUCCUCCAGACGUGACACUUGGUAUACAGGCCAAAGAGUUCAAUCUUGGUUUCAUCAAACCAGAGAAUCUUGUUUCUCAUGGUCUGAGAGUCUUUAGGUGCCUUUUGGCAGACUCCAAGCGGUCUGUUGUGCCUUUUACUGAGGAGUGGCUUCCGUCUGGUCACUCUACCAUAAAAGCUUGAUUGGUGGAGUGCUGCAGAGAUGGUUGUCCUUCUGGAAGGUUAUCCCAUCGCCACAGAGGAACUCUAGAGCUCUGUCAGAGUGACCAUCGGGUUCUUGGUCACCUCCCUGACCAAGGCCCUUCUCCCCCGAUUGCUCAGUUUGGCUGGGCGGCCAUCUCUAGGAAGAGUCUUGGUGGUUCCGAACUUCUUCCAUUUAAGAAUGAUGGAGGCCACUGUGUUCUUGGGGACCUUCAAUGAUGCAGAAAUAUUUUGGUACCCUUCCCCACAAUCCUGUCUCUGAGCUCUACGGACAAUUCCUUCGACCUCAUGGCUUGGUUUUUGCUGUGACAUGCACUGUCAACAGUGGGACCUUAUAUAGACAGGUGUGUGCCUUUCCAAAUCACGUCCAAUCAAUUGAAUUUACCACAGGUGGACUCCAUUCAAGUUUUAGAAACAUCUCAAGGAUGAUCAAUAGAAACAGAUGCACCUGAGCUAAAUUUUGAGUCUCAUCGCACAGGAUCUGAAUACUUAUGUAAAUAAGGUAUUUCUGUUUUUGAUUUGUAAUGCAUUUGCAAGAUUUUCUAAACCUGUUUUCGCUUUGUCAUUAUUAGGUAUUGUGUGAAUAUUGAGGAUAUAUAUAUAUAUAUAUAUAUUUUAUCCAUUUUAGAAUAAGGCUGUAACAAAAUGUGAAAAAAGUCGAGGGAUCUGAAUACAUUCCGAAGGCACUGUAAGCCAGCCAGCUAUAGCUAGCUAGGCUAGGCUACAUGCUGCGCUUUCUCCCCAACCCCGUUCAGAUAAAACAGCCUACCUGUUGUUUGCUCAUUGUAUUCUAGUUCUUCUAAUUUCACUAACUUUUAAUUCCCUCAUUUUAUUCCGUAUUGCGUUUGUUAGUGAACUCCCACUCCACUUGUUACACAUUGAGCCUCUUUGCCACUUUGAUUGGCCAACAUAAACAAUGAGCUACACACUGUGAAGGCUACCUGUUGGCUACCGGCCUUUUUAUGGUGCACACCGUGCACAUCAUAAAAACUAAAUUCAGAAGUUUGUUUUAUUAUAAUGUCAUGCAUGGUAUAUCCUUGUUUGUAACAAUGUCACAUGGAUAUUUAAAUUCAGUAAAAGCCUUUUCGGUGUUAAAAUAGGCAUUCAAAUACUAACGUCGGUUCGUAAUAUUCGAGUAACCUUGCACAUUCCUAGGAUGUACAGGAUACACAUGGUAUACACCGUCCAACGAAAUGCUUAGUUGCAGGUUCGACAAUGCAACAAAAUAUAAUAAUAUGAACAUGAAGUAAAUGGCUCAGUAGAAUAGAAAAAACGUUUUAGUAUAAUACAGAAAGGCACAAUCUAUAGUCUAAUAGUUACACGUGUUUUAGGGAAGGUGGGAUUGUUCCUGUCCAGUAGUUUAUGUCAUCAACAUUAUGAUAUCGCAUGCUGCCUUAACAGUCACCACCACUAGAACCCUAUUAUCACUCCCCUCCUCCCUUCUCUCCUCCCCCCUCCCUCCCCCCUCCCUCCUCCCCUCUCCCUGUCCUUGCUUAAAGAACACAGUGUGUGGUGGUGAUGUAACUGGAGCUGUGUAAUCUCCUGGUCAUAACACUAACCGUCUGAUGUUGGAGUCACGCUGUGUUCAAAAGAUUCUAAUUGUAAUUGGGACUAGAGCGGACUAGAUCACAUAGCGCUAACUGUGAUACAGUGUUACACUUGGUGUGUGUGGUUGAGGAGAUGAUGCACCCAUGGGUGUUAUGAGUUCAGAUGAAGGAAAGGAGAUGAUGAGAUUUUUUUAUUUUACCUUUAUUUAAUUAGGCAAGUCAGUUAAGAACAAAUUCUUAUUUACAAUGACGGCCUACACCGUCCAAACCCGGACGACGCUGGGCCAAUUGUGCGCCGCCCUAUGGGACUCCCAAUCACGGCCGGUUGUGAUACAGCCUGGAAUCGAACCAGUGGGUCUGUAGUGACGCCUCAAGCACUGAGAUGCAGUGCCUUAGACCGCUACGACACUCGGGAGAUGAUGCACCCAUGGUGUUAUGAGUUCAGAUGAAGGAGAGGAGAUGAUGCACCCAUGGUGUUAUGAGUUCAGAUGAAGGAGAGGAGAUGAUGCACCCAUGGUGUUAUGAGUUCAGAUGAAGGAAAGGAGAUGAUGAGAUGAUGCAACCGUGAUGUUAUGACUAUAGAGUAGUCGAGGCCUGUUGGGAUUCUGGAAUACUGGAAAUUAUGAUGCAAUAACUUUCAAUACUGUGCCCUUGGAUGACUCUGAACCUUACCACUAGCUGCCUAGCACGAACCAUCACACACACACACACGUUUUCAAUGAUUAAUUGCUGUUAGUCAUUCAGAAUGGAUUGUGGUCUCUCUUUCAGUUCCUCUGGGAUGGGGAAAGGAUAGAGCUCUAAACAACUAAAGCUUUCCAGUGCCUUCUGAAAGGAUUCAGACCCCUUGGCUUUUUCCACUUUUUGUUACGUUGCAGCCUUAUUCUAAAAUGGAUUAAAUUGUUGUUUUUUUCCGCAUCGAUCUACACACAAUACCCCAGAAUGACAAAUAAAAAAACAGGUUUUUUGAAAUGUUUGCAAAUGUAUUAAACAUAAAAAACGGAAAUAAUUUACGUAAGUAUUCAGACCCUUUACUCAGUACUUUGUUGAAGCACCUUUGGCAGCGAUUACAGCCUCGAGUCUUCUUGGCUGUGACGCUACAAACUUGGCACACCUGUAUGUGGGGAGUUUCUCCCAUUCUUCUCUGCAGAUCCUCUCAAGCUCUGUUAGGUUGGAUGGGGAGCGUUGCUGAAUUUAGUGGCCUCCAUCGUUCUUAAAUGGAAGAAGUUUGGAACCAGCAUGACUCUUCCUAGAGCUGGCUGCCCAGCCAUACUGAGCAAUCGGGGGAGAAGGGCCUUGGUCAGGGAGGUGACCAAGAACCCGAUGGUCACUCUGACAGAGCUCCAGAAUUCCUCUGUGGAGAUGGGAGAACCUUCCAAAAGGACAACCAUCUCUGCAGCACUCCACCAAUCAGGCCUUUAUGGUAGCGUGGCCAGAUGGAAGCCACUCCUCAGUAAAAGGCACAUGACAGCCCGCUUGGAGUUGCCAAAAGGCACCUAAAGACUCUCGGACCAUGAGAAACAAGAUUCUCUGGUCUGAUGAAACCAAGAUUGAACUCUUUGGCCUGUAUACCAACUGUCACGUCUGGAGGAAACCUGGCACCAUCCCUACGGUGAAGCAUGGUGGUGGCAGCAUCAUGCUGUGGGGAUGUUUUUUCAGCGGCUGGGACUGGGAGAGAGAUUUCAGUUUUCAUAGAUUUGCAAACAUUUCUAAAAACCUGUUUUUGCUUUGUCAUUAAGGGAUAAUGUGUGUAUAUUGAUGAGGGAAAAAAACAAACAAUGUAAUCAAUUUUAGAAUAAGGCUGUAAUGUAACAAAAUGUGGAAAAAGUCAAGGGGUCUGAAUACUUUCUCAAUGCACUGUAGCUGCAGGCUUUCAAUAAAGUGUUACCAAUUGGUGUUCUACUUACUAAUAUUGUUAUUGUUCAGUAGAAUUUUGUAAUUAUAUCAUCACACUUUCUGCUGCUUUAGGAGGUGAAAAUUGAACAGUCACAGCCGUACUGUCUGAAUAGGGCUGUUGUGUUCUUUCUCUCAGGUGUGGUAACAACUUCUGCGCCACCCACCGCUACGCAGAGACCCACGACUGCACGUACAACUACAAGAGCGCCGGACGCCGCUUCCUCCAGGAAACCAACCCCAUCGUCAACGCUCCCAAGCUGCCCAAGAUCUGAGCCCCUCCCCCUGUCCCCCCUCUAUCCCUGCACUCCUCUUUCCUCUUUUGGGAUGGAGGGAUGAAAGGAAAAUUAAAUAACGGA